CUCUCACUCUCUUUCCCUCCCACUCUCUUUCCCUCUCUGCCUUGUUGAAUGCACCAUAACGUAACACUGAAUUACAGUACAUCUCAGACAUUGGAAAGGGAGAGCCGUGUGAUUACAGUGUUUGGUAAUGACACGAGAGGUAUAAUAGUAACUGAUCUGGGACAGCUUGAAGCAUCCACGGUACCCUAUUCCCUUUAUAGUGCACUAUUUCUGGGACUCUUGGUCGAAAGUAGUGCACUACAUAGGGAAUAUGAUGUGAUUUGGGACGACCCAGGCCAUGUCAGACCACAGUCCUGUAAUCUCCCCAUCUUCUCCAUCAUUGGUUCUAUGGAGACCUAGUCAUUGUAUUGUUAGGCUGACUUGUUAAAUAGGCACAUAUUCAACUGACCACAGGCACAACAACUAUACAAGGACUCUCUCUCGCUCUCUCUCACAUACACAGGGAGGUAAAUCAUUCCAUGCACGGCUGCCCUGGCCUCUGAUCCUACAAAGAUCAGACAUUAAAUAAAUAGACGCUGAGCUCUGGAAGGAACGCUUGUUUAUAUCCCAGCGUUUUCUUUAGAAAUACCGUCCAGCUUUACACUGGCAUGCGCUCACUAAGGCCCACUUGUAAUGUAGCCUACUGUCUGGGUCCUUUGUCAAUGUGGUGCCGUUCUGGAAAUCCCAGGCUCAGACGGACUAUUCCCUGUCUACUAGACGUUAGUUACUGCUUAUGAGCGGAAGAGAAUAGUACGGCUUUCAAAGAAGAUAGAAUACGUUUUUGCUUUUGAAAUAAACUUUGAAAAGAAUUUGACUGCGACCCGACCCGGAUGCAGUCUAGGGAUACUGGCGUGUUCGGGACGAGAUCGAGGCACUGCACUGCCUGAGCUCGGGGAGGGGAGCUGCCUGCUGGAGAGAGAGUUGUUGGGCGAGUGAGCGAUUUACUACAACAAGACAGGGCGACAGCGAGAACAACUCCAGCACGCCUAACUAGUUACUAGGUAUUUUCAAAACGAACAGAAAACAAGAUCGGAAGGCAGCGCGGGAGCUAUUUAUAACGUUUACUGGCUGAUAGAGUGCCAAAUUGGUCACGUUCGUAAAGUAAUAUUUUUUUGCGGGGCGACAGAUCGGAGGAGGGACGAGAGUGUGUGAAGCACUUUGAUGUGGGCUGCUGAUGGUUGUAGCAGUGAGGAGAAGGGAUUUAAAAACUUUCCUAAACACAAAAACAAGGGAUUCGUGGCAAUAUUUCCCGAAAUACAUCUCUGGUUUACCCACGAAGAUUUUCCUCUGCUGAUGUGAGGGGACCCUGAUGAGGACAGGCCAUGAUGAGGACGGGCCAUGAUGAGGACAGGCCAUGGUGAGAAGGUGUGACUCAGGACCCAGCGCUGGGGAGGGCACCUGGAACAUUGAUGGAUACUGGAUAUAGAGGUCAGAUGGUGUUCUGAACGAGCCAUGGGUAGCUACUGUAGCUGUCCUGACAAAGACUUCCCUGAUAAGCAUCAGAGCAAAUUCAAGGUGAUAAAUGUGGAUGACGAUGGUAAUGAGUUGGGCUCAGGCUUGAUGGAGCUGACAGAGGAGGAGCUUAUCCUCUACACCAGGAAACGGGACACUGUCAAGUGGCCUUACCUCUGUCUGCGUCGCUACGGUUACGACUCCAACCUCUUCUCCUUCGAGAGCGGGCGACGAUGCCAGACUGGACAGGGUAUCUUUGCGUUCAAGUGUGUGAGGGCAGAGGAGAUGUUCAACUUGCUGCAGGACAUCAUGCACAACAACAGCAUCAGUGUGGUGGAGGAGCAGGUGGAGGAGCUCAACCCCGUAGAGACGACCGAGCUGUCCCGCAAACCACACACUGCUGCUGCUGGCUACUCUGUACCCACGUUACCAAACGGUACAGGACGCUACCCGUCGUUUGGUGAGGCCUCGUCACGCCCUUCUAGCCGCCACCCAUCUGUAGGCAGCGCCAGGCUGCCCUCCGUGGGAGAGGAGUCAUCACACCCCCUCCUGGUCUCAGACCAGUCGGUCCACACCUACGUCAACACUCCUGGUAUACAGGAUGACCGGCGCACUUGCCCCAGCAGCCACACCGCCUUGGAACUGCGGCUGUCCAAUCCGGAGACGACCUCCUCGCUAGCCACCGCCCCUCCGUCUCCCACGGAGACAGACAUGGAUACGGAGCCUCAGGUGCUGCUGCAGCCAGAAGGGGUUAAAUUCAUCCUGGGUCCCACCCCGGCUCAGAGGAGGCAGAACCCUGGGGAUGAGGACGGGGAGGCUGGGUCCAGACGUUCUGGGGAUGAGGACGGGGAGGCUGGGUCCAGACGUUCUGGGGAUGGAGAGAUGGCGCUUGGGGUGUCUGGGUAUAACGGGGAGCCCAGCUUGACAGCUCCCUCUGGGGUUCUGAACGGGAAUGGGAACGGCUGUGUGGUGAGCGCCACCCUGGGUCUCCAGGCAGGAGACUGUGACACGGGCUAUGACAGUGAUGAACGCAAAGACGGCCCCCCUCCCCCUCUUCCUCCUAACCCAAACCCUCCACCUCACCCAGGGCCCAAACCCAGCACCAUCUCCACCUAUGAGCACCACAACGGCAACACCACCCAUGGUUACGUCUCCACCCCUGUUCCAGCCCCCAACCCCCGGCGUAACCGCCCUGCCGCCCCGCUCCCUGACUCCUCCCACAAUGCCAACAACUCCGCCCAGCGGCGCACGGCGCUCCUUAACUACGAGAACCUCCCGGCGCUUCCGCCGGUGUGGGAGACCGCCAGACGCUUCUCCGAGGGAGACGAGGAGGAUGAAGAGGAGGUGUAUCACGGAUAUGGACCAAAGACGCCCUCCCUUAACGGCUACCACAACCACCACCACCAUCCUCAUCACCUUCAUCACCACGGUCUGGGUCUGGACCCCAUGCACAACUACGUCAACACAGAGAAUGUAAACGUUUCGCUCAGCGCCAAGCUGGACUCUGCGCGGAUCCUUCCGCGGGGGCGGGACUCUAGCGGCCUCUGUUUGACUCCCACCGUCUUUAACUUUGACUUCCGGUCGGGGCGACUGGCGGGUGGACCGUGUGGGUUGGAUCCCCUGAGGCAGCUGAACUACAUUGAGUUGGAGAUGGGUUCAGACUCCAGUGGGCCGCAGACACCCAAGACCCCCACCACUCCCUGUGGCGUCGGCCUGGGCAGUCUCCUCCUCCCCCCCUCCACCCCCACGCGGCGGACCGAACUGUACGCCAUGAUCGACAUCGAGCGCACGGCGGCCAUGUCGAGUCUUCAGAAAGCACUUCCCCGUGACGACGGUACCUCCAGGAAAACCAGACACAACAGUACUGACCUUCCUAUGUGAACUUCACCACGCCCCUACCAUACCUAGCCUACCAAGCACUGUCUGGAUCUCAAAUGGAGCCCUAUUCCCUAUAUAGUGCACUACUUUUGACCAGGACUAUUCAUAAAGUGUCUCAGAGUAGGAGUGCUAAUCUAAGAUCAGUUUGACCUUUUUAGACAGGAAGGAAUCUGAUGACCUGGACCGGGGGGGGAUCUGAUCCUAGAUCAGCCCUUCUACUCCGAGAUGCUGAGUGGAUAAUGACCCAGGGCCCAGAGGGUUCUGGUCAAAAUGAGUGCAUAACGACCCAGGGCUCAGAGGGUUCUGGUCAAAAUGAGUGGAUAAUGACCCAGGGCCCAGAGGGUUCUGGUCAAAAUGAGUGCAUAACGACCCAGGGCCCAGAGGGUUCUGGUCAAAAUGAGUGGAUAACGACCCAGGGCUCAGAGGGUUCUGGUCAAAAUGAGUGGAUAAUGACCCAGGGCCCAGAGGGUUCUGGUCAAAAUGAGUGCAUAACGACCCAGGGCCCAGAGGGUUCUGGUCAAAAUGAGUGGAUAACGACCCAGGGCUCAGAGGGUUCUGGUCAAAAUGAGUGGAUAACGACCCAGGGCCCAGAAGGUUCUGGUCAAAAUGAGUGCAUAACGACCCAGGGCUCAGAGGGUUCUGGUCAAAAUGAGUGGAUAACGACCCAGGGCCCAGAGGGUUCUGGUCAAAAUGAGUGCAUAACGACCCAGGGCUCAGAGGAUUCUGGUCAAAAUGAGUGCAUAACGACCCAGGGCCCAGAGGGUUCUGGUCAAAAUGAGUGCAUAACGACCCAGGGCCCAGAGGGUUCUGGUCAAAAUGAGUGCAUAACGACCCAGGGCCCAGAGGGUUCUGGUCAAAAUGAGUGCAUAACGACCCAGGGUCCAGAGGGUUCUGGUCAAAAUGAGUGCAUAACGACCCAGGGCCCAGAGGGUUCUGGUCAAAAUGAGUGCAUAACGACCCAGGGCUCAGAGGGUUCUGGUCAAAAUGAGUGGAUAACGACCCAGGGCUCAGAGGGUUCUGGUCAAAAUGAGUGGAUAACGACCCAGGGCUCAGAGGGUUCUGGUCAAAAUGAGUGCAUAACGACCCAGGGCCCAGAGGGUUCUGGUCAAAAUGAGUGCAUUACGUAGGGAAUAGUGUUCCAUUUGGGACGCACCACUGUCGUCUUCUUCAGUUGCACCUUGACCUGACCGUUGUUGUUGAUGUUGUUGAUGUUGUUGAUGUUGUCAUACUUUGUUAUACCUCCAAACUGAAUGAAAAAAAAACAAACAUUUGAAGACAGAAGGGCUGUAGAUUUGUUGCAAUAAAUGUAAAAAAAAUGAUUUUAAAAUGUCUUAUUACUUCACAAGGAGUUACACUGUGUCCUGAAAGUAGCCUGGUCCCACAUCUGUUUGUGCAGUCUGUGUCAUGACAAGGAGUUACACUGUGUCCUGAAAGUAGCCUGGUCCCAGAUCUGUUUGUGCAGUCUGUGUCAUGACAAGGAGUUACACUGUGUCCUGAAAGUAGCCUGGUCCCAGAUCUGUUUGUGCAGUCUGUGUCAUGACACGGAGUUACGCUGUGUUCUGAAAGUAGCCUGGUCCCAGAUCUGUUUGUGCAGUCUGUGUCAUGACAAGGAGUGGCAUGAUGGCACAAGCAGACUGGUACCCAGGCUAUAGUGAAAGCUGACCUGAAAGGGGAGCGACGGUAGACCAGGUACACACCAGUAUAACACUAUUUUAUUCCUGAGGUAAUUUGAUACCUAAUUAAAGAAGGAGUGAAACACCUUCUAGCCUGGUCCCAGAUCAGUCUGUUCUCUUGUCUACUCCUUUGCUGUCAUUGUCAAGCCAAACAAUGAGUGACAGGGCGUUGGCAUGACGGCACAAACAGACCCACGCUACCUUUUUAAUUCCAAGUGCCUGUGUAAGUUUAGCUUGCUGGUGAUGUGCCAAACAGCGAGGUCUCUUUGAAUGACGGACCUCCUCACCAAUCUCUCUUACGGAUCCCUUCUAGUGCUGAUUAUAAACUCAAACGGUGUUAACGUCAACACUCAUGUGGGUGUUUGAAGCUGACGUCCAUGUUGCCCUGAUGUCUGUGGACUCCUAUGGUGUGUAACGUUAGUGGGCCCACCAGGGUUGGGCCUCAAUUCCAUUUCAAUCCAAAGUCAAUUCAGGAAGUACACUGACAUUCCAAUUCUCUUCAAUGCUUUUCAAUGAGGAAAAUAUGGAAUUGGAAUUUUGGUUUACUUUCUGAAUUGACGGAAUGGAAUUGACCCCAAGCCUGGAGUCUUCGGCCAUGUCUCGGGGGGUCAACGUCUUGGUACGCCACAGUCACUUUAGCCACUACUAAGUACAGACAGAUGGUGUGUAUGUAUAAAUGCCAAAUGAUGUCGGCCACAAGGAAGCUGUAAUAAUGUGUUUGUUCAUGCUGGCUGUACUGAAAGAACCCAAGUCAUUCCGUUGGUGUGUGACAUCAUCAUGUUCCAGGUUCCAUCAGGUUUGGGGUCCAAUUUACUUUAAUAUUCAGUCAAUUCAGAAAGUCAAUUGGAAUUCCAGUUUUGCUUCCUGGAUUGACAGAACUGAAAGGGAAUUGACUCCCACCCAGCAAACAAUAGUCCAUCUGCACAGGGCCCCCUGGUGGUUGUUGUAGAAUGUCUUAGUUCAGUCUGAAUUUUCCUUCCACACGUUGUUGUGAACGAGGAAAACAGACUAGCACAGUGUUUACCACACAAUGCUGUCCGUCAGCCAUGUUUCAUAGGAGGAGAGUGUGGGUUCCAAAGUUGUAUCUUCUGUUUCCUGUUCUCUCAUUGUAUCAUAUUGUACAAAUCAUUAUUAUUGGGUUCUAACUUGCAUUAUAUUUUUUUCUACCUACAUUUUGAAAGAGUUCAUAAACUAUAGGAAUUGUACAAAAAGUAGUUGAAUAGAUAUUGUUUAUUAAAGAAAUGAACUGUUAGUGGAAAAAAUGUGAUUAUUUGCCAAACUCCUUUUUCCAAUUGUAGAAUAUGCUGAUUUUCCCGGAGUUCUAGAAUGGGUUCCGUUGGUUCCAUUUACGAUGUAAACAUUCCUUAUUUCCUGUGUUUUGGUCUCAGAACACCAGACACUAUAAAGAACUAUGCAGUGAAUGAAACAAUUCAUGACUCACUGGGCACAGACGUCAAUUCAACAUCUAUUCCACGUUGGUUGAACGUCAUUUUGUUGAUUCAACCAGUCAGAGCCCAUUGGGUCUUCUGUUUAAAAACAUAAUGACUUCAUAUUGUACGGACUUUACAUUGGGGGGGGACGGGGACGAUUUUGAUAUUUGCAUUUUUCUGUUCUGGAAAUAUGUGUUUACCAGAAUGUUAGUAUUUUUUUGACCAGAGGAAAAACCAUACUGUGUAUUUAGAUGUGUACAGCAAUGUUCAUACGUAUUCCAUCACUGCCAACAACCCACUGUGUUUUGUAGCAUGGCAAAAUGAUCAUUAAAAAAUGGAACUGUGUUGUC